GCAGAUGACUUCAUCCGAGCAAACGCCUGCAAUAAAUUGACCGUCAUCGCUGAGCAAAUCCGGUACUUGCAGGAACAGGCUCGGAAGGUCUUGGAUGAAGCUAACAGAGAUGCUGAUCUGCACCACGUGGCCUGCAACCUUGUGAAGAAGCCAGGAAACAUUUACUACAUGUACAGGCGGGAGAGUGGCCAACGAUACUUCUCCAUCCUCUCUCCUAAGGAAUGGGGUACCAGUCCCCAUGAAUUUCUCGGUGCCUAUAAGCUCCAGCACGACAUGUCCUGGACUCCAUUUGAGGACAUUGAGAGACGAGAUGCUGAAAUAAACAUCCUGGAUAAGCUGCUGAGCCGUCAGGCAGCUCUGCCCCCGUGUACAGAGCCCAACUUCCAGGGCCUGACCAAGUGACACAAGUGACCAUACAGGACCCUGUUUGCAGAGUCCCUGUGUGAGGACGCGCAGUGCCUGCAUGCCGCCAAAAGCAGAGCAAGGAAAGAGACCAAGAAACAAAAAUGCUGAUGCUGCCAGUACUUGCUCUGUGCUUUAACAAGACUAAUUCUGCAUUCA